GGCAAAGAAAGGACUAUUGGCCAUUUGUCCCACCCAAGAACCCAAAGGGACCGGACUGGAGGCCAUUUAAACAAAAGAAAAAUAAAAAAGUGAAGGAAAUGUAGAAAAUUUUUACAAUGUUUAUAGUAACUAAAAAAAUAGACAGUGAAAACAUAAGUAAAUUGUGUCGCACUUGCUUGAGAGAAGAUAAUGAUAAAAUGGUGUGCUUAUUUGUUGGUCCAUCUGGAUCAUCACUUGCGGCCAAGUUGCGGUCUUUGUCUUGUCUAGAGGUAUGUCAAGGAGAUGGUCUACCAGAAAAAAUGUGUGAUAAAUGCGUUACUCGCGCUGAAUCUGCUUUGUUAUAUCGUGAACAAUGUCGAGUUGCCGACAGAGCCUUAAGACAAGCAUUAUUGAAGGUUAAAGGAAUGACAUCUUAUACGACUGUAAGUGGAUGUAAAAUUUAUCAACAAAAUCAAGGCUUCGUACCAUUACAAAAUGCACAAAAAACCUUAAAAUGUGUAGAAUGUGGGGCAGUCUUUAUGAAUUAUCAGGAACUUUGUCUCCAUAAUAGGUUACAUGUUCCUCUUCUGCACGAAAAUAAUGUACCGUCCCAGCACAUGCGUAUCGCCGAGUCUGAAAAUUCCUCUCUAAAUCUAAAUCACAUAGUUGCGAGCUCAACUAAUAUUGACAUGGAUAAUGUCGCUGAACCUACAAAGUUAAACAUUCCAUAUUUAACAACAGAAGAUAAUUCAAUUAACAACCGAGCUGCAUGCGCUCUUCAUUGUUCUCUAUGUAAUCACACUUUUACAAACAGAACACAACUUAUUCAUCACAACCUAACCCAUGACACAAAUAAUCUCAAUUUAGUUUCCAAUGAAGAAAACAUUGAGAAUAGGGAAAAUCCCAAAUUUAACGUACCUAUCACUAAUGGCUUAAUUAAUUCCGCAAUGGAAAAGUCAUUAUCAAAUUUUCAUUAUCCAUUUAAUUCGUUUAUUAAUGAUAAUAAUGAUAUUCAAAAUUCUAUUGUUCCUGAAAGUAUUAUUAAUACUGAUGCUGCUCAACUGAAUAACACUAGAUUGCAGUCAGACAUGAUGCAUCACUCCCAAAAUAAUUCUAAAAUUAUUGAGCAGUGCUUUAACGAAACUCGAUCUUUAAAGUACAAAGAAAAAUGCCAGGUGAGUAAAUUCGAAGAGUCUAGUAAUAAAAUUUACAAAUGUGAAAAAUGUUCUCAAGAAUUUUUCCAAAAGUCAAAGCUAGAAACUCACUGUUUAUUACACUCAAAUUUUCGCCCCUUUAAAUGUUUUACAUGUGAUAAAUCUUAUGCCUCUAAAAGUAAAUUAAACGCCCACAUAAGAUUACAUACAAGAUCGAACGUUUAUCAAUGUAAGCUUUGCAACAAAAUAUUCACUUACCCUUCGUAUUUAGAAGAACAUAUGAAUUCCCAUACAACAAAUAAUCAACACGAAAUGCAAAAUAGACAAAAAGUUUAUGCCUUUGAAUGUAAUAUUUGCAAAAAGAAAUUUCGUUUCGCAAAAAAUUUAAAUGCUCAUUUCAGAUUGCAUACUGGAAAAGGAUUAUUAGAAUGUAAUAUUUGUGAUAAAAAAUUUAGUAAAAAAUACAAUUUAAAAAUUCAUUUACAAUCUCACGAUGAUAAAAAGUUACAUAAAUGUAAAUACUGUGAUAAAUCAUUUACUCAAAAAAGUAAUCUUGUUGAACAUACUAGAAUUCACACGAAAGUGAAACCUUUUGAAUGUAACUUGUGUAAUAAAAGAUUUUCUCAAUCUAGUCAUUUAAAGAGUCACAAAGCUUCUCAUGAUUCGGUAAGACAACAUCAUUGUCAACUUUGUGGCAAGAAAUUCAAAUUAGCCAGUCAUUUGAAAAGGCAUUUAAAUUCUCAUAAUGGAUCUAAAACGUACAGAUGUGAUAAAUGUAAUCAAAUGUUUUCUCAAGCUUUUAGCUUAAAAAGACAUUUGAAAAGACAUAUCGAGUCUUAAUGUAUACAAAUCUUAAAAAUUUCAAAAUCCAAAAAUAUGGCCUUAGAUGUCGCAUUCAACAAUAACAAUUUUUUUUCUAUUCACGUUAAGUGAGUGAAUGUUGCAGAUGAAUUUUUACUUUCUAGAAUUUUGAACAUUGUAAGAGUUUGCACCCAAUAAUACAAAUUCUCUUCAAACGGAGCUGAAACCGCUUUGUCUAUAUAACUAAACGAGUUGUUUAUGAUACAAUGAAUACUGUAUUUUUCCUUUUUAAAAACUGUUUUAUAUCACCUACUAGUUAUAAUUUCCAUUUGAAAUAAUUUGCAGAAGACAAAAUAUACUUAAAAUACCUUUCACGUGACAUAAAUCUCAUUUAAUAUAAAGUUAUAUUACAGGAAUGAGUUAGGAAACAAUGAUAGGUCAAAGUCAGCAUCUGCCUGAUGAGACACUAUCUAACUUGAUUAGCUGUUAUUUAUAAAUUAGGAGUGGUUCAGUAUUUUUUAUAGACAGCUUCUAAUACUAUAUAUGCAUAUUGAGACUAAUGUGGGUGUUUACUACAUCUCAUUUUUGAGUGGACAAUUCGAAUGUCCAUAUUGAAUGACCUGAGGGAGAAAAUAGCCUUGAAUCAGAAUAAAGCUUUUUUUUUAAAAAAAACAUAGAAAUGUGACUUAUAAUUAUAAGAGGAUAUAAACGAGAAACUAUAGAAAAGGACUUUGUCCUCUUUACACUUUAUUAAGCAAAUAUGUCGGCAUUACUAGCCUGACCAACAGCUUCAACAAGAGCAUUUCUAACUUCAACAUUUACGCGACCUUCUUGUUGGUUGUUGUAGGUGUUGACAAAAUUGUAAACAAGAGUUCUUAUUCUUUCUUGGAACUUAGGCUGAGGUAUCCAUCCUUGAUAAUUCAUAAGAGUUCCUUCUCCAUUUAAUCUGAUCAACAGUUCCUUUGCUACCCAUGUGAGAGACUUAUAAUUCGUUGAUUUAGCUACACCUAAGUCUUUAUUAAAUCCAUAGUACUGAUUUCCUCCUACUGCGGCUACCGCUGCAGUAAAAUCACGAACUUCUGUUUCAAGUAAAUGACUAAUCGCAUCCCAAUCGAAUGUAGGACAUAAUCUUAUAGCCCUUCCCGUUACACAGAAGGCUGUUAAUUCAGAGAAUGAUGCUUGUUGAAUCAUCAUCACUCAAUAAUACAAAUUCUCUUUAAACAGAGCUGAAACCGCUUUGUCUAUAUAACUAAACGCGUUGCUUAUAACUUAUAACUUGGCAAUUUGAAUGUUAUGUCCUAGAAGCAACUCGCGACAUCGGACGACAUAAUCUCUCGCCUCUCGAGAACCGAAUUGAAUUCGGACACCCUUUCUUGGUUCCGGCAAAUGAGAGAGUAUAGUCAUCCUCUCUUCGGAACGAAUCCUCAAUAAUUGGGACAUAAUCCAUCCCACUUCCGCACUCGGAUCCACCAUCGGCAAACCCCACAAACACAAGAUAAACACGUUAUGUGAGUCUUCGAACUGGGUCACCCUGUCUGCUAAAUUAUUAAUUAGCGCGGACAUCUCCGCCCACCUUUCAUCGUUCCUCUGCUGUAACGAUUGUUGACUUGGGAUCGGUGGAGCUACAUAGUGAUUCCGGUAGCGAAAAUCUGGAAAAACUGGACCACCAUCAUGUGACACACGUUCCUGUUGGGUUCUACUGGACUGAAACUCAUGAGCACUUAAUGGGAAAUCUUCCCGAAUCUCACUCGACUGCAACUCAUGAGCACUUAAUGGGAAAUCUUCCCGAAUCUCACUCGACUGCAACUCAUGAGCACUUAAUGGGAAAUCUUCCCGAAUCUCACUCGACUGCAACUCAUGAGCACUUAAUGGGAAAUCUUCCCGAAUCUCACUCGACUGCAACUCAUGAGCACUUAAUGGGAAAUCUUCCCGAAUCUCACUCGACUGCAACUCAUGAGCACUUAAUGGGAAAUCUUCCCGAAUCUCACUCGACUGCAACUCAUGAGCACUUAAUGGGAAAUCUUCCCAAAUCUCACUUGAACCCGAAGAACCUGUGAACCCUCUGUCUCACUAUAAAUGUCGACAAUUUCAUUCCUACCCGACAUUUCGUCAAAAAUCUUCUCGACCGAUCUAAACGAAACAAGUACAAAAUUCGAACUGAUCCAAAUAUACAGAAGUCACAACUUAAAUUUGAUAUACACACUCGAGGUUAAAAUCAUUCUUCUCACACUUAAACACUUGUAAAUCAAUUACACGUUUAAAGAGGUAAAUGUAAAAUAAAUUUGAAAAAGAGAUAUUAAAAAAAAAUAUUUCCUCUUUUGUGUAAUUAAGAAUUUAAACAUACACCACAAAAGAGGAAAUAUAUAUUUUUUUUUAACAAACACUACACAUUAUGUCUCCUUAUUAUACUUCAUUAAAUUUUUCUUAUACACAAAAUAAUUAUUCCUGGGCAAAACUAAUCCAGGAGGAGCCCAAUAUCUUGUGAAAUCAACCCGAGUUCGCUGAAAAUAUAAAAUAAAAAUAUAAGUCCACAUGUUUAUAAUUGCAUAAGAAUUUUGAAUAAUAUUAAUUUAUUUCUCUUACAACUUCUAAAACUCCACGUUUACGAUACCAUAUUGGACUAUCAUUUAAUCGGAAAUACUCCACUACAUUCACCAGUAUCAAACAUUUAUCUAUAGGCUCCCACUGAAGGCAACCUAAAUCCGAAUCUUUUAAAUGAGGUAUAGUCGUAAGACUUGACUCAUCUCCAGGAAUCAUUAAUUUUGGUUCUCGUACCCCUACCCACAAUCCAGGAUUGAAGAAAUUGCGCUAAAAUAAUAUUAAAAAAAUGUAUAUAUAUGUAUGUGUGAACAUACAUAUUGGUAUUUUAAUCCUUACCGGCGCCCAAUACCCUCGACGAUAUAAUUGUCCAUUUAACUGAAUAUGGUCUUCUAUCCACAAUAAGAGUUGGUCACAUACCCUCAGGAGCGGCAAGUAUGGACAACCAGACCGACGUUCAUCACCACUUUUUAUAAUUUCCAAACUGAAACGUUCCCAGCAUGGUAUACAUUACUCCAGUGUCGGGUGAGUUCUUCAUCUCUAACCACUCUGUUCCACUGUACGGCGGCCUCUAUCCUUUUUCCCUGACUGUUUUUGGAUUGGCAUUCUGGAGUUGGACAAGUGGUUUUUUAACUCCUAAUCUUCCGCACUUGAAAUAAAAUGUUAAUGUCUUUUUCUCAAUUCGACAAUAAAUGUCCAUGAGGGCCUGGAAUACCGUGACAUAAGCAAUUGCGACAUAAAAGACGUGAUUAUCCCUUUUUGUGCUGAAGACAGAGUUUCAUACUGCACUACCUAAUCACCGACCUUAUACGCGUAAGGACGGUACCUUAAAUUAUAAAGAUGUCUUUAUAUAGUUUGGGCGUUAUCUAAAUGCAGUUUUAUUAAAUCACGAACGACUUCGAAUUGGAGCGUUCUUUCCUUUCAGGUGUCGACAUUCCUGGAUUGAAGUGGGCAGAUUCACAACUAUAUUGUAUGGUCUUUUAGACAUGAAUAUUUAAUAUAAAAGACAUUAAUUGAACCUCUAGAUACAUCUGUUUCUCUUAUUGUUCACAUUGGACUGAAUGCUCAUACCAUUAUCCCUCUUCCCUAUGGGGGAAAAUACAUAAGUUUAACGUCGCUGAAGGGGACGCUAGUUCGAUUUUGACAAUACUUAAUCUUUAUAAUUUUUAUUUCUUUUAAACCCGUAGCAGUUUUCUGCUGUGUGGUAUCUCAUAAAACAUCUUUCGCAGGAAUCACUCCACCUAAUUAAUUGAAUUUUUUCACUAAAAAAUAUCAAUUGAUUCCUUGUUUUCAUUAAAUUCAUAUCUAUUUUUCGGCCUAGUUAGCAUUACUUUAGCUAAUUUUCUUUUUGUAUCUUUGUUAUUCUCAAACCUUUCUAUAUUGAUUUCGAUAUAAUCGUUAUCUUUCAUAAUAUAGCAUGUUGCGUUAUUUGGAGAAUUUUGAAUAAAAAUAGAUGGUAUAACAUUUCCUUUAGUACAAUUGAUUUGAACGAUUUCUGAAUUUCAGAUGUAUCAAUUGAUUCCUUGUUUUCAUUAAAGUCAUAUCUAUUUUACAGCCUAGUUGGCUGAAUGUAAGUGAGUCAAUUAAGCGUAGAUAUUUAUCGGGAUUCUUUAAAAUGAAUUUUACUAGAUUUUCCUCUAAUUGAGGUGAUGUGGAUAACAUUUGUCUCGCUUCAUUACAAUCAUCGAUAAAAACUGUUAAUGGAAUAUUUGAUCCAUCAAAAAUUGGCACUAGUUCGAGUGCAUCACGAAGGGAUACUUGUUGGUUAUUUGGUAGACAUGUCUUUUUCUAUUUUUUGAAAAUUUUGGAAAGAUGAACCUCUGGAGAUUUCUGUCUCUCUUAUUGUUCACAGCGGGCGAUGAACCAAAAAUUUAGAUUGUUAUGUCUUAGAAUGAAACUAACAUAUGCUAAUGUAAUAAAUAUAAUUAAUAUAAUGACUAUGAGCAUUCGACAAUUUCAUUGAUGCAGGCACUCUCGAGCAUUUGACUGCAAAGCUCAAUUACUUUCAUUCAGUUAUUUCAGUUUCUAAGAAGGCGGCGAUUACUCAUCCAAAUCCUUUAUAGUCAAAUAUUUUGUCAAAUAAAACUUUUCUCAUUUAAAUACUCAAUUUUAUUUUUAGUCGAAUUUAUUUUCGAUUAGUGGUAAAAAAUAUCAAUUUUGUAAGAAGUUUUGUUUUAAUUCAUGUAUGACCUUGACUCAUGGGGAUUACUUUAUUUUGAACGAAUUAUUUUUUAUUACUUAACUUAAUAAAAUAUUAUUGAAUUGAAAUUCACUUAAUUGACAAUAAGGUUAGCUAAACUGUGACAAUAGAUUGUCACGUUAAAAAAACAAAAAUUAAUCUUAUUGUUACACUCAUUGCUCAACGCAAAACUUACUCAGUUUCAUAAAGAAAUUUGUAUUACUGUGUGUAAACUCUAUAAAUAUUCAAAUUUAUCCUAGAAAGUUAAAUUCGACUCUAGUAGUGAAAAAGAGUUGAUAUUGCAUGAGACAUCCCGUCGAAAAAUUUAAAUAGAUUUCCUGUAUGUAUAGAUAUCAAAAUAUGCCUGAGUCUUAGAGGUUACAUACCUUUUUGACUGCAUAAAAAGUAAAAAAGAAAAGUUUGUUAUUUUACUAUGUCACCUCGUUCGUGAACGAAGGAAUUUUAAUUUUUACCAAAAUUUAUAUUUGUUUCGUUUAGAAAACAAGUUUUUGAAAAACCUAAAAAUUCGAUUUUUGGGGGAAAGCAGUGCUAUUUAUAAAAAAAGAAUUUUUUCUCAAAACCCUUCGUUGACGAACAAGGUGACAUAUAGUAAACAAACAAACUUGAUUUCAGUUUAGUUGUUCCCGUUUUAUCGUGCACACCGCAAACCGCUUUAAAAAGAAUUUUUUUCGGGUAACAGCUGCAGUUUGCACAAAUAUUAAUAUUUUUUAAGUUUCAAAGUUGCUAAAAGUUCAUAAAACCAUAAUUAUACAAUCUAAUGCAAUGAACAUUAUUUUAAUAAAGUUUUACAGAAAAGUCGAAAAAAAUUACGAAAAUCACUCCUUUUUGCGGUUAAAAAGGUAUGUAACCCCUUAAGUUAAUACAAAUUCUCAGCUAUAUUUUAGCUUGCAUAAAUGCAGUGAUUACAAAAUGUAUGCGAGUGAUUUAUAAGAUCUAGACGUUAUGUAACUCAAAUCAUGAAUUAUGUACACAAGUGUUUGUGCGCACAUUUCUCUCUUCAUGUUUAUAAAAAAAUAAAAUACAAUCAAUUCUAUUAAAGUUUGCA